UUGGCGAGCCGCACCCUUCCACUCCUUCUGGCCCAUCUCGCUGCCGAGCGCCCCAGCCCCCUCGCUCCGUCGGCUCGUCUUCCUCCUCGCGCGAGCGCCGCCACUGCCACCGCCGGUUGGUUUCCCCUUCGAUUGUCUCGCUCCCGACCGUUUCUCCUUAAUCUUCCCCAAUUCGUAACCGAGGCAAAAGUCAAGUUUGUAAUGACAGAAAUGGAUACGGAAUUGGACAAGGCAGGAGCAGAAAUUGCAGGAAACUCCAAAAGGAUGAGAGGGACAUACAUUGUAGCUGGGGAUGAAGGUUCCCAUGUGCCAAAAUUGCAUAGAAAAAAGGCCAGUAAAAAUAUGAAAACAACAACAUCUGCAAGUGAGCUGAGUAAGGGAUCUGUUGCCGGACAAUCAAUAAUAGAAGGAAGACUACAACCAGCCGGUGAUAAUUAUCAGGAACUAUCUUCAGAUAGCAUUGAAAAGAAUACAGAGGGACUGUUGGCAGAUGAAUUGGAUAAACAAACUAACUCAGUUGAUCAUUCCCUCCAGCAAGCUGGAGAACAAAACCAUUUACAUGAUAAUGUGGAAAGCAAUGAAAUGCUAAGAAACAAUACCAGCAAUGAGAGUGAUUCAGACAGCAGCUCAGGAAGCGACUCAGAGAGUGAACUAGGAAAAUACUUCUAUCCUAAAUUCGAGCAAUUGGAGACUGCAAGGAAACCAGAAUCUGGAAUGAAAUUCCAAACCCUUGAAGAUGCACAUGGAUUCUAUAAUACAUAUGCGCUCCUCACCGGUUUUACAGCGAAGCGGGGUUCAAAUUACAGGAGAAAGAAGUUUCAUAUAGAAUGUAACAGGAGUGGCAAAUCAACGCCAACUCAGGACGUGAACAAGAAGAGGAAGACAAAUUCUGUAGAGAAGACAAAUUGCCAAGCAAAGGUGAUAGUGAAGCUCACUAAGGGACAAUGGGAGUUCACAACAGUGCGAAAUGAGCACAACCAUCCGCUAUGCCCAAACCCUUCCCUCACAAAUUUCUUCUUGAGCCACAAACACAUGCAAAAUGAGGAAAAAUUGUUUCUAAAAGUUCUGCAACAAAGUAGGAUACCACCCAAUAAAGUUAUGAAGAUUUUUAGGAGAAUGAGAAGCAGUUUCGGAAACAUAACAUUCAAAAACAAAGAUGUGACCGAUUUACAGUACACAGAACAAAAGAGAUCAGAAAACUCAGAUGUUGAAAGUGCGCUGAAGCACUUAAAAGAAUUAGAGCUGCAGAACCCAUGGUUUUUCUACGCCAAGCAAACAGAUGAAGACAACAUAGUCCAGAGUAUUUUCUGGACUGAUGUGAGGUCGAGGAUGGAUUAUGAGAUUUUUGGAGAUUUCCUGUCAUUUGAUACUACCUACACCACAAGUAGGAAUAAUAUGAUCUUCGUUCCUGUUGUUGGAAUAAAUAACCAAGGAAGAACCCUCUUAUUCGGAUGUGCCUUGCUACAUGACGGGAAAGCUGAAACCUUCAAAUGGAUGUUCCAAACACUUUUGCAAGUGAUGGGAGAAAAAUUGCCAGGAUCACUCAUAACAAACCAUGAUGAAGCUAUGGCUAAAGCAAUCGCAGAGGUCAUGCCACAAGUAAGGCACAGGUUUUGCAAAUGGGAUGUAAUGGGGAAAGCACAGGAAAAGAUAGCAGCCUUGAUGGCAGCAAGAGGCAACAUGAAAGCGGAGCUAGAUAGAUUAGUUGACAACUCCCUUACAGAAUCAGAAUUUGAAGAAGGAUGGGGUGCACUUCUUAACAGAUAUGAUGCAAAUAGAAAUGAUUACCUACAACUCAUGUGGCAAUCAAGGAAAAACUGGGUGCCUGUUUAUUUCAGACAAGAUUUCUAUCCAUUCGUCGAAUCACUUGGACGUGGCGAAGUGAUGAACUUAUUAUUCAAAGAUUAUGUGCUUCCUAAGGACAGAAUAGAGAAGUUCAUCGACAGUUAUGUGGAGAUACAAAAGAAGAUAACAAAAACGGAUGAUGAAGAUAGACUGCAAAGAGGAACUGCGCCCUCAUGCUUCUCAUUACAGCCAAUAGAAAAGCAUGGAGCUAUUAUUUACACUAGGCAAAUAUUCCUGAAAGUACAAAGAGAACUACUCCAUUCUACAGCAUUCAAUGUGCAGGAAGUACAACGUGGGGCUGUGUACCGACUGGUCAAGGUUUUCAACUACGAGAAUCCAGAGUUUGAUAGAGAUUAUUUUGAAGUGUUAGUUGAACUUGGCAGCAAUACAUUCAAAUGCCAAUGUGCAAAGUUUACCAGGGAUGGAAUACUGUGCUGUCACAUAUUCAGACUUUUCACACAGUUUGGAAUCAAUGAAAUACCAGGGCAAUACAUAGUGCCCAGAUGGACUGACAAAUUCAAAGAAGAGAUGACAAAACAGUGCCAGGGAAAAACCUUAGAGCAUGUGAACAAUACAACAAGAUAUGCAAUGUUAAUGAGUAAAAUGGCUGACCUUGGUAAAAAAAUAUGUGGUGAUGGCGCAAAAUGCAACACAUUCAUGCUUGAAUUUGACAAGAUUCAAGAAAAAUUGGUUAGCACAGAAGGAGAAAAUCUUCUAAAUAAUGACAGUUAGGCAGCAUGUGUUCUGUACAAGGGCCCCCAGGCAACAGAAACAUCUGCAGCACUGCAGGGUAUCUCUGUCCAGAUCUAGGAUGAUGCUGAUGUCCAGGAUGAAGUAGAGUAGUUAGCAUGUUUAGUUUAGCUAAGUUAAGAGACAAGAGUUUUGGAGAACUGGAUAGUCUAUGCUGGAGACAGGGUUCGCCAGUUUGUUCGUGCUAAUAGUUCAUGUGAUUUAUCCAAGUUGUGCUAGAUGCAUGCCAAUAGUCGAUGCUGACGAUGCUGAGAUAAUUGCUGAAGCAGUAUUUUGCUUAUGGUCUUACCGUUUUGGUAGCAUGUUCCUCUUCUAGCAUGGGGGUGCAGACUGCCUAGUCUGUAGACUACAGACUUGAGCAAUUGGUUUGACGUUUCAACUGACUUGUUCGGCAUUGUAAAAGGAAAUACUCUCUCCAUUUCUUUCCGUAGGGCGUAAUUUGAGAAUCCCUUUUGCCUCGGUUA